ACCACGCCCCCCUGUUGCUUACUGUGUGUCUAUUGGCUGCUGGGAUUCAUCUGGCGCCUGCAUGUGGCUGCUGUCAAGGGUUCAUACAAUUAAAACUCCCCAAACUCCUCCAUCCUCCCUGACACUUGUUGCUGCUGCCUGCGCACCACCGGGAGAGGCCACCUGAACCGCUUCAGCAUUUCCUUUGGGAUUUCCCGCGGGGAGUGAUGAACUCCAUCGAUCCUCAGUCCCAUCACCAGCACCACCAACACACCUCCCCUACCGUCGGCUCUCUCCCACCUAAAGGCGCCCAGGAGGCCCCGGAUAUGGCCGCCGUCUACUGCGACAACUUCAGCAGCAUGUACCACCAGCAGAGCCUCCAGGGCGCGCAGAGACCCGCCGGCUACGGCCUCGGAGAUUACGCAUCGUCUCCAAACCCGUACCUGUGGCUCAACGGGCCGGGCGUCAACUCCUCCGCGUCGUACCUGCACGGAAACAACCCGGCGCCCUUCAUCCCGCCCUCCUACGGCUCGCAGCGGCAGUUCAUAACAAACUCACCUGGCUUCGGCGGGCCCGACCUGGGCUGGCUGUCCAUCGCCAGCCAGGAGGAGCUGCUGAAGCUGGUCCGGCCGCCCUACUCCUACUCGGCGCUCAUAGCCAUGGCCAUCCAGAAUGCGCAUGAGAAGAAGCUGACCCUGAGCCAGAUUUAUCAGUACGUCGCCGACAAUUUCCCCUUUUAUAAGAAGAGCAAAGCCGGCUGGCAGAACUCGAUCCGGCACAACCUGUCUCUGAACGACUGCUUCAAGAAAGUGCCGAGGGACGAGGACGAUCCAGGAAAAGGAAACUACUGGACUCUGGAUCCAAACUGUGAAAAGAUGUUUGACAACGGAAAUUUCCGCAGGAAAAGGAAAAGACGGUCAGAUCCCAGCAGCGUGGGGGGAGUGGCGGCGGCGGCGACAGCAGCAGCGGGGGCCACAAAAGUCGAGGAUGGCCGAGCAGCGGUGGCGUCCACAUUGAAGCCUUCAGACAGUCCUCAGCUCCUGGGGCCGUCCUCGCCGGAGAUGGAGGCCAUGAACGAGAACCACAAGAGCUCGUCUUCGUCUUCGCCGCCCGGACUGGCCUCCACCGCUCCUUGCUUUAAUAACUUUUACAGCAGCAUGUCCACCCUCAGCUCGGGGGCCCCCAGCCGGCAGGGGUCCCUGGGACUGGUGAACGAGCUGUCGAACAGGAACAUUACGGCCCUGAGCCCGUACCACCUCAACCACGGCGGUCAGGACUCGGGGACAUCAGAGCACGGCGAGGGCUUGCAUUUCAACCGUGGAGUGUACUACAACACGUUUGGCAGCGGGCAGAGCGGACAGUUCAACAGCCACUUCUACAACAGCUUCAGUGUCAACAGCCUGAUUUACCCGAGGGAAGGGACUGAGCUAUAGGAGCUGGUCUUUACCACAGCCUCACACAGUUUUGUGUGAGGCUUGUGUCUCUGAAACACACAGAAACACACGUGCAUUUCAGCAGAGAGGUCAGGGUGCAGGCUGGGUGGUGGAUUCUCUGCACCCUGAGCUCUUCACUGAUCAGUUCACCGCUUGAAUAAACUCAGACUGUGGAAACACCAGCUGCAAAGUCAAACAAAAAUGAGCACUUAUCUUUUUAUUCUUUUUUUUAAAUCACUCUAUCAAAGCUCUUACUUUGCUCUUUCUUUGCUCUUAAUGCUCUUAAUGCUAAAAUUCACUCGCAAACUAAGACAACCACUGAACACUUAAGUCUUUUGUAAUAUUUUUAACAUCUAUUAUACAUUUUGUGGCAGUUUCAGCAAGAAACGUUUCCCUCUUCUCGUGGUCAAAGCCAAAUCCGGCCCAUGUUUCUUUGGAGUGGCUAAAAUUUUUUAAACUGCUCAUUCAAAAUCAACUCAAACCUGCCAAAGUUGCCUUUGUGAGACCGCCAUUACCUCGAGACGACAAACAUUUAUGAGAUGAAAGUGCCCUGCUGUGACGGGUGUGCCUGUGUACUCACACAGUUUCCAAAUGCAGUAACAAUUGAUUGAAUACCAAUACGAUCCUUGACGGGGGGCCUGCCUUAUUUUUAUAUCCUCCAUGUUGACUGAAACCACAGCACUACAGCUUGUGUAAAUACAUGUGGACGUUUAUAAAUGUGUAUUUUUGUAAAUUAUAAAGAUAGUUUGUGACUAUUUAUGCUAUUUAUGCUGAUAGGCAUCGUUUUCUACUGUCUGAACAUAGUUUGAUUAAAGCAGAAGUAUUUGCUUACAAAAUGCGCCGGAAAACAGUAUCACUAAAACCCAGAUGUCAUAAAUAUACAUAUAUAUAUAUAUAUACAUAUAUAUAUAUAUAUAUCUAAGAACUAUAUGCUAUGUCAUGGUUUCUCUCAGGAUUCAGUGUGACAAUCAUUGAAUGGCUUUUGUAUCUAUUAUUGUCCUUUUUUUUAAUCUUUAUACAGUGCAUACAGCUUACAGGCAGUUUCAACUGUGACUAUUAAUAAAUAUCAUGUGGUCUCUA